AUGAUCACCAAAACUCAUUACCUCACCCAGCGCACGUUGAAAUCUGACUACAAAGAGACCAAGGAUCAGCGUCAAAUCAAGAAAGAAGCUACUCCCACACUGGAUCGCGUUUGCUAUGAAUGCAACGAAAAAGGUCACAUGAAGCCUAAUUGCCCACGUUUAAAGAAACCGACAACGACACGUGUAGCUAAAAUCAGGAGAAAUGCAGACGACUUUAACGCAUCUUCCGUAAAAAGUCAAUUAUUUCAGUUCGCUGUACCUGGAGCCGACCCCAUCUACCAAGAAGCAUACUUCGACACUAUGGCAGAGAUCACAGUUAUUUUUCCAUCUACAUAG